CAGAUGCAAGUUCAUGUCCAGAAAGGGGCUCCGUAUUUAGCAUUAGAUGUGACUGACAUUGAAGAACUGAAAUUAUCCGAAGACCUACCAGUGCCAAAUAGAAAGAAUACCAAGAAAGUUGUUGGAAAAACUAAAACUAUGCUAGCCGAAGCCUGCCUGAAGGAUCAAGUAUUCUCAGAAUCUUCUUCGAGUAGAUCGAAGUCCUCUAGAAGCAGCAUAGUGGAAUUCAACUAUUAGACUAAAGACACGAGGAGGUGCUGAGAUCUAAAGAAAUGAACUUUACAUUUUUACGCC